UAUACCGUGGGCCGGAUUUUAACAAUAAAAUCAAAUCGACAAUCCCCACACUCACUCUGUCGUUUGGAGUCCGACCAGAUAUUUAUUGCAACCACUAGACAUCAACAUGAAGUUGCAUCUUAUCGUUAGUUUAGUCUUUCUCCCGGGAGUGCUGUCACUCGCCUUGGACUGUUCUGACUUCGGUAGCCAUUCCCAUCAUGCCACGGGCACCGGCUAUUAUCCAGAUGACAGCCCUAUCGAGGGGGGCUACGUGGACGUGAGGGACCAUCCUCUUCAUACACUUCAGGAGUUCCUGGCAGGAUCGGCACCAUAUGUCAGCGUUGCUAUGGACGAACACUUGCGUAUCCCCUAUGGCACACAAAUUUGCAUAAAGGAGCUGAACCAAAAGUACCACAAGUUCAUUGUCUUCAAGGUGGUUGAUACAGGUCCCGCCUUCACGAAUAAGGGCUACAGUCGCAUCGACAUCUGUGUCAGGGAUGAGCAUGCUUCAUACGAUGACACCAUCAACGGCCCUCUCACCCUUGUUUUCAAGUAAAAGCGACUGGUAUUUCUACAGUCGAAAUUCUCCUUUCUGUCUAGUUUACAUGAGAGUAAAAUGGAGAAAUCAGACCCGACUACCCUGAUUUAGACUAGUUCACUCUUGUAGUGUGGAUGGGGGAAUAAUUUUAUGCAAAGAAAUACAGCGACGGAACUCAAAACCAAAUUUUAUCUGAGUUUUUAUUUAUUUUUUGACCUACCAUUUUUUUCUAACACUUUUCGUUCUGUCCAUGCAAAUAAUGUCAAAACCAAUGUCAACAAAAAAGUACAUGCGAAAUUACAAAAUAAAGGUUGUUGAUAAUUUUA